AUGUUUUGUUUUAACUUCUCUAAAAUAUUAUAUAAACUGACCAAAUUGACUCUAUUAAUUUGGCUAAUUUAUAUCAUAUUAUCAGCUAACAAAAUACCAGACUUUAAUGACAACAUUAAUAAUAAAAACAAUCUAUUAAAAAAUUUCAAUGGCUUAAGUCAAAUACAGUCCUUAAGUUUAAUUAUUGCUCAUCCAGAUGACGAAAUUAUGUUUUUUUCUCCAGCCUUGCUAAAUUUAAACGACCUCUUACCCAAAAAUAUCACUUUUAACAUUGUCUGCUAUUCUGAUGGAAACGCUCAGGGUUUAGGCUCGACUAGAUUUAAUGAAUUAUACAAAUCCAUUUAUCUUCUCUUAUCAGACAGAAUAAAUAAAAAUAUAACCGUUUUGGACUAUACUGAUGGUAUGUCAGAGAUUUGGGAUGUCGAUAAAAUGCUAUUUGAUUUCGAAAAAAUUAACAUGAAUCAACCAAAUUAUCUCAUAAUUGAUCAUGGAAAAAAUUUGAUUUUGACUUUCGACAAGUUUGGCGUAUCUAACCACGUCAACCAUAUCUCAUGCCACCAGAUGGCUUUGAGAUACUAUCAAAAGUUCCCCAACCAAACUGUCUUGCUGACUUUGCACAGUUAUCACAGCAACAUUUUGCUGAAAUAUAGUUCCUUCGGUUGGCAGUCAUUAAAAUUACUUUUCUAUCUAUUUUGCCCAUCCGCAUACAGAAAUUUUCUUACAGCAAACAAUAACAAAGACCAAAAUCAAGACCGUACGUCGGAAUUGACUUUUUUCAGUACGUAUCCUCAAUAUGUUUUGUCUUUGGCCACCAUGCUAAAUGCUCAUAAAUCACAAAUGGUUUGGUUCAGAUAUCUUUGGUGGGUAUUCUCUAGAUUUGUUUUUGUUAAUGAUAUUGAGGUCAUUCAAUCUUAG